UGUAUAAUUGUACUCACAUCAUUUGAUACAAGAAAAAUUUGUUUGUGAUUGUUUGUGAAUAGUAAAGAUUUCAAAUAAUUGGAUAAUUUAAGAAUAAACCAGCAAACAAUAACUACCGGUUUUAUAAAUUUUCAAUAUAUUAAAAUACAAUAAUUGUAACUAAAAGAAAUUAAUUAUACAAAAUGGUGGAUUAUAGUAAAUGGAAAGAUAUAGAGAUUUCAGAUGACGAAGAUGACACUCAUCCUAACAUUGAUACACCAUCCUUAUUUCGAUGGCGUCAUCAGGCGAGAGUUGAAAGAAUGGAAGAGCGUAAACGAGAAAAAGAGGAUCAUGACAAAAAGAAGAAUGAGACUGUACAGAAGUUAAAGGAAACUAAACAAAAACUUGCGCAAUUAGAAAAUGAAAACAAAAAAGAUGAUUUAAUAGAAUUAAAGAAAGCCCUUCAAGAAUUGGAAAAAGAUGAAAAACAAAUUAAAGAUCGUGAGGAAGAAAUGAAAAAGAAGGAAAAAUUAACACCAUGGAAUGUUGAUACAAUUGGUCAAGAUGGUUUUGCAAAAACAGUUAUUAAUAAAAAACCAGCAAGAAAAGAUGAGGAAUCAAUGUUAAGCGAUGAGGAGAAAGAAAAGAGAAUGAGACAAUUUGUUAAAGAAAAUGAAAAGAAACUUAAGGAAUUUGGAAUGUUGAGAAAAUAUGAUGAUAGUAAACGAUUUUUACAGGAUAAUUUACAAUUGGUUUGUGAAAAUACAGCCAAUUAUUUAGCAAUGUGGUGCAUAAAUUUGGAAAUGGAAGAGAAACACGAAUUGAUGGAACACGUUGCACAUCAGUGUAUAUGCAUGCAGUAUAUUUUAGAAUUCUCAAAACAAUUGGAUGUAGAUCCAAGGGCAUGCGUUGGUUCAUUUUUCAGUCGUAUUCAAAUUGCCGAAGUGGAAUAUAAAACAUCGUUUGACGAUGAAUUGAGAUCAUUUAAGGAAAGAAUUCGAAAAAGAGCUGCGGAAAAAGUUGCCGAUGCAAUUAAAGAAGCCGAGGAGGAAGAGAGAAAAGCACGAUUAGGACCUGGUGGUCUUGAUCCUGCAGAAGUAUUUGAAAGUCUUCCAGUGACUUUACAAAAAUGUUUUGAGACACAAGACAUACCAAUGUUGCAAGAAACAAUUUCAGCAAUGCCAGAAGAGGAAGCUCGUUAUCAUAUGAAACGAUGCAUAGACAGUGGUUUAUGGGUUCCUGAUGCUAAAGCUAAAGAAGAAAGUGCAGUCAAGGAUGAGGAAGAAAAGAAACCGCCAACCGAUGUUUAAAAAGGUGAUGUUAAAAUAUUUUUUUCCCCCAGACAUUAUAAUUUUAAGACAUCAUUUAAAUAUAUAAGAAGAAAAAAAAACUUGCAAGAAAUAAUUUUUAGUUCAUUAUAUGAACAAAUUUUUACACGAAUUAAUUUGAUAAAUUAUAAUUUUUCAUUCUUUGGCCUCGUAUUUUUCUUUUCUUUUUUAAAUAUUUAAAAUUAUAGUAAAUUUAAUGUUACUCUAAAAUAAUAUUUGUAAUCAAUUUUCAAAAACAUUAAAUGUUAAAAUUUAUUUUUUGUCUUUGUCAGGUAUUUAUCAUGUAUAUAAUAAUGAAUAAAUUGAUUUGUAAAUAA